UAGUUUGGUUCAGUCUGGCACGCCAGAAACUCAAAGACUACUCAUGCUUUAACGCUGGGUUAAUACAGCUUAGAAACCUAGUCCAAUUACCAUGAAGACCGGAGGAGAAAUCUCUCAGUCACCAGCGCUGUCAAACUGAAGAGAAAGAGCUGAAUUUGAAUGUAUCCUCGUGAACAGGGAGACUGACAGCAUGAACAGAGAUGCGCGCGACGCACUUGUGGGAUCUGUUUUCAGCGCGAGUUAGACUUUUCUAAUCUAAUCUUUAAGCCGUUUGUUAUUCCUCCACCAAAAGGCUGCGACUGGGAUUUCCUUGGUCAGAUUAGACUUUUCUCGGACUAUCCGUUGCAGCUCGGUUCUUACCAUGGAGACGUACACGGACGUCUUGCUAGUCACUGCAAACGUCGGAUCACUGUUUGACAAUGUGGGUGAGAUUGAAAGAGACUGGCUGCGAGAGCUUUUCACGAUGGUGCACAUGUACAAGCCAUGCUUCGUCGCCCUUCACUUUCAGGAAGUCGGUGGAAAGGACUAUAUGCUUAACAUGGGCCACGCAGAAAACUUCUUCAGGACCAUAGAGUCCAGCUUUGGGAUGAAAGACUUUGACAGAGUUUGUGUCUAUGUAGACAGUCAUUUCAAGGCUGCUGACAGUUUCACAGCUCUGGGAAGCAUGUAUUUCAUCCACAAGUCACUGAAAAAUAUCCAACAAUAUGACUUCAAUGCGAAGGAGUUUAAAGUCGUGUCGGGCCACAACUCGUACGUGGGCUCCCUGGAGGGAGUGACUACGGUGGAAAAAGAGAAAUUCCCAAAGAAUUUCUGGCCUGAUUUCAAGUGGUCCAGAAAAGGCUAUAUGAUGACACGAUGGAUCAUUCACAACCAGGGUUUAGACCUGGUGAAUGUUCACCUGUUUCACGAUGCCUCCAACCUCAUAGCCUGCAACUCUAGUCCGUCAGUGUAUUCUGCAAACCGCGAGAAAGCUUUCAGAUACGUCAUCAACAGACUAUCAGAGAGCAGCUACUGUCCUCUCCCCUUCUUCCUGUUUGGAGAUUUUAAUUUCCGGCUUGACACACUCAGUCUAGUACAGAACCUCUCCAUGUCUGCUGAUAUACAGACAGUAAAAAAAGACAGUACCAAUGAGGUGGAAAAGAUCAUUUGUGAAGAGAAAGACAAUGACCACAAGGUCCUCCUUCAGAUAGAGACAAAGUUAUUUGCUUACUUGCACGAGGCCGUGUUCAGAGAAAAUGACGGAAAAGAGCUUCUGAAGUAUGAUAAGGAAACCUCUGCAUUCCAUGAUGUCAUCGCAGAGGAGGAUAUUCAGUUUCCUCCUAGUUACCCAUACAGUGAAGACUACACUAAACCUACACAAUACAUGAACACACGAUGCCCAGCAUGGUGUGAUCGCAUCCUUAUGUCCCACAGUGCGAGAGACAUCAUCCAUCGGAGAGAGGAAGGCGAGAGUGUUGUGUAUAACACACUGGGCUCCAAUGUCUGCAUGGGGGACCACAAGCCUGUUUUUCUGUUUUUUACACUGAAGACCAUUGUACAUUGACACACAAUUGGGUGAAUCAAAGGGUUUCUGUGUUGUUGACAUAAACCCAGAGUUGAAUCCGUGGACAGCUGUACCAGUCAUGCCAGGGCUCUGCAGAAGCACUCACUCUUUGCCCAUUCACACAGACCUCUUCACAACCAUUCAGGUGCAACACACCACAAAGUACCCUGAAAUGUCCUGCCAAAAAUCAGUGGACACACACCACAGGGCCUGUUCAUAUUCCGACAGCAUUGUACUCUGGUUAUAUUUUCCUCAUUUUGUGGAUUUCAAAACUUCACAAAUGAUCAAUGUGACAUCAGGAAUCUCUGAACAAGGAUAAAUACUCCUGUACUUAGAAAACUGUUCUCAAGUCACGUCUCAAAGCUCUUAACUUCCCACGUUUUACAAGCUUCUUUUACAGCUUUUUUACAGCACAAUUGGUUUUCUUUUAUUCGUUGUGAAUGUGAAUACAAGUAUGUUGAAAAUACCUGUAGGACACCAUAUCCAAACGCAAGCUGCUGUGACGCACAAGCUUUGGCUUCUGUCUUAAUUCACCAUCUUUUUAAUUGACAGAUGUGUUCAGUUUCUUAUGUGUGCUGAGUGUAUGAGUGUGGGUUGGCGCAGUAGACUUUAAUAGGGAACGUUCUGGUAAAACACUUUAUACCCUAAAUCUAAAUUCUGUCAUUAGAUACUCACCCUCGUGUUGUUCCACACAUGUAUGACUUGCUUACUUCCGUGCUUACUAACAUCUCCUCUUGUCUUCAACAAAAGAAAACAGGUCAUACUGGUUUGGAACAACAUGUGGGUGAGUGAAUGAUGACAGAAUUAAAAUUUUUUGGUGAAAUAUUCCUUUAAGCGUGUAUUUUUGCAAUUACAUUUGCUUCAGCCGUUGUACCUGUCAUCUUCUCUUAAGCUUCAGUCAUUGUCUCUGUGGGGUUGUUAGUCAGACUCUCAGAUCAAUAGAAUAUGUACAGGACAGCAAGGGACAAGUUAAAAAGCCAUUAGCACUUGUGAAAUAUGGAAAUCCCCCCAGAGUGCCCUGGCCUGGAAGCGCAGCUGACUUUUAAUUAGAGCAGUAGUGCAAUGUGAAUGAUAAUGUGGAGUGUAACAUUCUGAAUUAUUUUGUUUUUUAUAAUAUCUAAUACAUGAUGGCCGUGUUUUAGUUUAGGUUGAAUUUCUAUGUUGGGUAUUUGGUAAUACUAAAGAGUUACAGAAUAGUGUGCAUCUUUAGUGCUUCAACAGUCAAAAUGUUCCGUUAUUUUCUUUAACUAAGAGACAUGAGGUCAUAUAGAGAUGAUUCAGUGCAGUCUGUUGAAGCAGUUGUCUUGGUUAUGUGCUGUCCAAAACUUCAAAAUUUCAGAUUUUUUUCCAAGCAAAUAAGCUUCAAAUAAGCUUGUUUGAAUAUCGAUGCUGAUGUCAAUUAAUGUCUUAGAAACCAAACCACUUAAAGGUGAAGUGUGUAAUUUGUUUUUCAAAAUUUUUUCUCAAACAGCCAUCUGCUAUUGGUCGAACAAAAAUUAGUCGCCUCUGGGGUUUAGGAUCUAAUAACCUGUUCUUAUUUGGAAUGGGAUCCAUUAAAAAAAAAACAGAACUGUAUGAUUUUCAUUACAUUCGGUUCUGUUAACGGUUCUUGUAUGUGUAUUUUUCUACCAAUGUGGAUGGAACACUGUACGAAAAUACUCUGACGGUGCUUCUUGAUGAAAUCCGUUUGUUUGUUGGUUUGUUGUUGUUUUUUUUUCUUUCAAAUUCUGUUUAAUUUAUUCCCAAAUUCCAUGUUUUCUGUUUCAAAUUAAUUUAUAGCAUUUUAAUCAAAUGAGAACAGAACAAUUACUUUUCAACAUACCACUGAAUUAUAUUUAUCAAAUGAAGAGCUUCUAUACUGAUCCUAACAGCACAAUCAAAAACCCUACAAUUGAGUUUUUAGGGUUUAUUUUAUUUUUCUAUAACUUUUUGGUCAAAUACAGUGCUGCUGUGCUUAAAUAUAAUGGAAUUAUUCAUAAUAUGUUAUUGUUAUCAUUGUUACUACUACUACUACAGAAUAUUACAUUUUAAUAUACAGAAGUAAUAUAUUUCUGUCGCAUUUUUUCAAUUUCACACGUCUAGUUAAAUGGAGCUUUUAUUUAGCGGAAGCAUUAGCGGAAAUCCAGAUGUUAUUGAAGACUUCACUGCUCACCUCCGGAAAAGCAGUUCACUAAAUGGGAUAAUGUGCUUAUUAAACUGCAAAAGGCUAUGAUUUAAUUAUGUAAAUAUAUAGUCUGCAUGUACUGCACUUCACAGUGAAUAAAGUGUCACAGUCUCUGUAAUUUAACACUCACAGAACGCAUGAUGUUAAUGAUGCGGUUAGUGUAUAAGCAGCGUCUUCUCACAUUCACUUACUGUUGAAGCACACAGUUCAUGCAGUCAGUAUAGGCUACUGGUUUAAUUACAUUUACAUACAUUUACAUUUAUGCAUUUGGCAGAUGCUUUUAUCAAAGCAACUUACAGUGCAUUUAUUACAGGUACAAUUCACCCGUAGCAACCUGGAGUUAAGUGCCUUGCUCAAGAACACAAUGGUGGUGGCUGUGGGGAUCGAACCAGCAACCUUCUGAUUAACAGUUAUGUGCUUUAACCCACUACGCCACCACCACCAUGAUUAAUUGUGCAUUUAUACGUUCAUUUUAUCCUUAAAAAAAAUCUCUGAUAUUAUGCAUUUUAUAGGUAAUAAUUUUUUUAGGACUGAAUUCCCCGAUUCCAUCCGUGUUUUCAGCAUCAUGGAAAUCAUAGGGCCUUACUUAUUAACCUUAUAACACUGUGAGUAUCAAAUAUGAUACGCAACAUUUGACUGCUCCUGUUUCACUCUCUGUUAAAGCUGACGAGCUAAACAACCUAUUGUAUGUAAGUUUGACAUGUUUAUGGCACCAUCUAGUGGUUAUUUGGGGGGGAGUUUCAUUGUUUUAAAUUGGUGAAUUAAAAAAUGGUGGCGGAUAAAUGAAUUACUAUGUUGAAAUUAUGUGUAUCAAAUUUGACACAGAUAAAACAGAUUUAGUCCAAAGGACAGGAAAAAGAGAUUUAAUUACAUCAUGUGGCAGAAAAUAAAAAUGUAAAUGCUGUGGAAGAAUUUAUUUUUUUGUAAAAACAUCAAAUGGGAAACGCUCAUCUUGGAAACUAAAUGGAGGAAAAAUAACCUCUAAAGCCUAAUGUAUCACAUAUGAAAUAUACAUUUCCUGAACGAUGGACUCUUAUGAGCCAUUUCUUAUAAAACUAGAUUGCGAAACACACAGCAUUACAAGUGUAGUCCGAUUCUGAUCAAAUGACUCUUAUGAGCUGGUGUUUUAGAAUCUACAGCUGAAAACACACCGCGACCAGUGUAAUGUGCUCCUUGAACGAAUGACUCAUAUGUUCCAGUUCUUUUAUUGAACCAAAAACACUUUGAGAUCAUGUCCAACAACACAACAUUUAUGAAUUCUGUUUUUUUUACAAUCUUUAUUUAAUAAAGUAACAAUAGGACAAAUUAUUGGAUUGAAUGUAUGCUUCGGAAAAAUCGUUGAAAAGUAAUUAAAAGGUCUGUGUAAACAUACCUUUUUCAAAAACUGUAUUAAAUUGAUUUCUGAUUUGUUAUGUCUGCACUGUUGAAAUACGAAGUCAUCUCAUCAUUUGACAACAGACAGCUAAAGGCAGUAAAUGCAAUCAAAAUGUAUAGAUUUUAAUAUUUCUUCAUCAAAAGUAUAAAAAAACUAAAUCGUCCAUGUAACCAGUAAGGAAUCGGAAUAGUUAAGAGGAACUGAACAGACUGAUCUCACAGUGAAAUCGGAAACAGCAUGUUGACUUUUCUUUAGUUAAAAUCUGUCUGCGCUUACUCAAGUGCGAAACACUUCUCCCAGUGGCCAAAGCAGUAAGUGUCGUUGGCUGUAUGGGCAUGUUGGAGCUACAUUUUCCGGGUGUAAUGUUCACAGAGGGGCGCCAAAAGCGAGUUGUUUUCAGCUGUACAGGAGGAAUACAUAUAUUAUAAACUGUACCCCCCGACUCAAACCCCAAACCUAAACCUAACCAUCAGUGGAGUAAAAAUGUAAUAUUAGAGGGAAAAAUGCAACCUCCGAAUCACACUUGUCACUAAUUAUGCGAACGCAAUUACUUCCUGGUUUCAACACGGGAUCCGAACCCAGGUCUCCUACACUGUUGAUGCAACGCACUUCCGGUCACAACAUAGGAGAAGGUAAACACACUUGAACCAUUGCAAAAAUUAUCCUAGUGUACCGAAACUCUCUGAAAAAAUGGUGAUCAUUUUGGAAUUUAAUCUUUUCAAUUCCAGACGAUUUUCAUUUUUAGUCGCCCCUAACUCACUUCAUUGGUUCAGCCAAUGAACAGUAGCAACAAUGUGCUGGGCUGCUCAAACAGCAAUAUAAUGAUAGCCACAGAGAUACAUUGUUUAGUGUUUUCAGGGAAAUAAACCUGUUAAUAGCUUACUUGUAGAUGUCUCUAUUAAGAAGGAAUAAGAGAGUAUUUUAACAUUAAGAAAAUUACACACUUGACCUUUAAAUAGAUGUUGUUCUAACAACAAGAAGACGAUGCAGUCUGAAAUAAUUUGGUCUUCACUGAAAACUGGUAGCUGGGUGUUUUAAUAUUGAUGUAAUUAAAUAUGUUUAGUUGCUGAAUAGGUUUGUUUUCAUCAGUUUAGAAAAAUCAAGCAUACUCAUUUAAAGCUAGUUGACCACGUUCAUAUUGUUGGAUUCUGUGUGCUAUUAUAGUGUGUACAUUGUUUUAAGUAUAUCUCAUAUGUUUGGUUUGGAAUUGUAGUUUUGAACAACUUAAGGACAGUAAAUACUUGAUAGUGUGCAUAACUGUUAAAGAUUGUUCAGUAAAAUAGCAGGGGAGACGUUUGGAGUGUAUCUUCAAGUCCUGUUUGUCUGUAUUCAUAGUUGUUCUGAAAUGUCAAGAAUGUAGAUUGACACAGUUUUGUGGUAAAAUAUCCCUUUAAAUGUCCCUAGAAACCUGUAUAUGUUUCCUUAUUUCAAAACCAAAUCAGGCUACUAGUUAUCAACAUUCAUUUACUACAAGCGAUUGCCGUCAUUUCUUAAAUCGACAAGAAUAUAUUGAUUAAGUCAAAAUAAUUUGAACACCCCCACAGGUCCUCCCCAUGCAUAAUUUAUGUGUGAGGGUUCAAUUGUACGGCCCACCUGUCAAUAGUGGACUUGUUGUAGUUGAUUCAUGGCAUGGGCGACACAAUUUACUGUUCUCGAGGGCAUCACUUCAAACUGUGCUUUAAUAGGAGGCCACGGAGUCGGAAUAAGAAUGGCAUUGAUGUAAUUUAGCAUUUGCAAUUAUACAAAGAAACACUACAGUCUUCUGAAAUGUAAUUUAUGUGUCUUUUAGUGCUGCACUGUUAUUAGCAUGAUAAGUACAAUGUGCAUGUAGCCAUUCAUGUUUGCACUUGUUUUGGGGAAUUCGUUUGCAAUGUUUUCAAGAUGUGAGCACAUGUAGAACACAGUAAAAAGGGGUUUUCUUUAAUAGCAGUUAGCCUUGCUUUGUCUUUCUGAUUUUUGUCUUGUUUUUAUAUGUAUAUAUUAAACUUUUUGACACAAAUGAGGCAUUGUCAUGGGGUUGACCCAGAACUAAUGAAAAAAAAUGUAAUAAUAUAUAUGAUAUAAUGUCUAUCCAUGCAUUGGGAAGAUGGAUUAUGGUGUGGUGUAAAAGUUGAAAAUAAAUGCUAACUGCAGGACCAUUGUGUCUAUACAGAAUCAGGACAUUUGGCAUUAUGAAAUUCCAAGAUUUUGUAGAAAUCCUGUACAUGUAUGAAGACAUGUUACAUGUCAUAUUCAUACCACAGCCUGCAAAAUAAAAAAAACAGUUGAUUUGCAUGCAUCAAAUUCUCUCAAUUUGGAUUUUAUGAUAUAAUGUGCUAAUGUUUAGUUAGUCUGCUAUAUUUAAUGCAGCCAUAAGCUGUUUCUUGAAUUAAUGGUACACAAUGUUUGAUACAGUGCCAAAUAUGACCGUCUCUUUCUUUUGUUCAGUUUUUCCUCCUGGUAUUUUGUUAGAUCAGUUGUAAUGUAUAGCACAUUGACAUAAGAUGCAGUAAGACUGUUGCAGUGUGUUUUCUCUAGCUGUACCUCAGGUGCUGCUGAAAGUUGGAAUAGCCUAAACCGGUCUUGUGACCCCCUUAUUAUUACUUUCUACAGCACAAAUUAACGUUUUUCUAAAAUAUGUUAUGUUAAUGUUUUGUUUCCUAAUAAAAUGUAUAUAUUACACAUA